AUGAGCCGCGCAAAGAUGCCCCUUCGGGUUGAUGAAGAGAUGGGCAAGAAAGAUGACGACCAUCGACCAUCUGAUCAGGCGCGUUUCCUACCUCGGCAACACCGAACAAUGCCUCGACCUCGCCGAAUACUGUUUGCUAUCAUUGCACUUGUUCUCAUCUAUGAGUUCUUCAAGCACAUGCCGACAGACCUGAAACCUGCCGCAGAUCGGUUCGACCCUACAAUUGCAAAGCUACGAGAGGAAAAUCUUGCCAAACUGUCGGGCUCAGAUAAACCACCUGCUGUUCUUCCCAAGCCAGAUACUUUAGCGCCGGACAAUUUGUCACCAGCCAAGGUGUUGGAAUCGAACCGUAAGGAUGAGGCUUACGAUGGGAUGAUCAAGUUCUACGAGUUGACCCACUCUCUUCCUCGCUAUAAGUAUUCACAGAAAGGUUCCAGCCAUGCAGUUGUGUUUGCAGCCUCAAGUCUCCGCAGUGUGUCGGAUCUUUUGCCCCUAGCUUGUCGAAUGGCUGGUGAGCGGCUGAACUAUGUGCAUUUCACCCUGAUGGGAAAAGAGGAAGUUUCGAUUGAAGGAAUCAAGGAAGUUAACAGAAUCAGAGAUAGUGAAUGCCCGAUGACAUGGCACGAUGCUCGGCCGGACUAUGCACCAAAAUCUACGGAUGACCCCCCGAGGUUCUCAUUACACAAGGUCAGGGCUGGGAGGAUUCCUUUUUUUUGGGACGGGGUUCAAGCCUAUUCACGAGAAAAUCGCAUCCCUCACGUUGUUCUCUCCACUGCUUCAAGAGGUCUUAUGUGGAUAGCCUCGCUAGAUAGCGAAGCUCUUCGGUCCUGGAAUAGAGUACAAAUCGAGAUGGUGGUGCAUGCCCCAUCCGAGUCUUCUGGGUCUUUGAUCAGGCUUAUGAAAUCAUUGGAUGCAGCCGAUUAUUUAGGAUCAACCCCAAGCUUGACAAUAGAGCUCCCCCAGCGGGUAGAUUCGCAGUUGCUUCAGUUUCUACAGCAUUUGGGCGGGUUGACCCAGCUUUCUGGCCGAAUUACUAUUCGGCGGCGCAUUCAACCGCAUGAUAUGGACACAGCAGAAUCCUCGCUUCGAACCGUGGAGUCGUUCUAUCCACGGGACCCUGAGGUCACUCAUUUGCUUAUGCUAUCUUCACAGACUGAGCUCGCACCAUCGUUCUAUCACUACCUGAAGUUUGCUGUACUGAAUUACAAGCAGUCUUCCCGAGCUAAGUACCUAUUUUCCAAUAUGAUCGGCAUCUCUCUUGAACUGCCAUCAUCCAAACCCACGGCUGGUAGUCAUUCUUUCACCCCGCCCCCCAUGACCGUUGAAGGCAAAGAACAGUUUCUUCCCUCGUUCCUCUGGCAAGCCCCCAAUAGUAAUGCAGCUUUGUAUUUUGGUGAUGCAUGGGCGGAAUUCCAUUCCUUCAUGGCUAAGCGCCUGUCGACUCCUCAAUCCGUGGCGGCCCCCGAAACAAAGUUGAUAUCAGAGAAAUACCCGGCCUUUAUGGAACAUAUGCUCGAGAUGAUCCGUGCCAAAGGAUAUUAUCUCCUAUACCCAUCAUUCCCCGGCACCAAAUCUUCUUCGAUUGCCACAGUGCACAACGAGCUAUACCAGCCCCCAGAAGAAUUCGGAGACAGCAAUCCCGCAACUCCGGGCAAAGAAGCCACUCAAAUCAUCCAUGAUCCUACUCAGCCAGUUACAGGUGGGGUUUCCACCGGCCUCGGAUCUAUUGAAAAACCACUGAACCGCGCUUCAACUAUCAUGCCACUGCUUGAGCAGUUCUCUUCAGGUCUGCCCGACCUUGAUGCUUUGCCUCUGCUUUCAUACGACGGAGACGAAUUAGCGGCCGCGGUAUACACCAAACAGACGGAAGAAUAUGCCAAGCAGUUUCGAACUUAUUACGGAGGAUGUGCCAGAGAUGGAAAGGUUGAUGAACCCUUGGAAGACCUAUUAUUUUGCAUUUAA